UUAAACCCAGAACCAAGCCACAUAAAACUGAAACGACUAGCCAAAAUUAAUAAAUUUAACUAUUUCAAUAUUUUCGUACUUUUGCAUAUAUUUUAUUAGUGUUAAUUAACAUUAUAAUGAACAGUGAAAACUAUAUUAUUCCCCAUGAUUGGAUGUUCUAUUCGGAUAUUGUGGUGAAGACCGAGUUUAAGUUGUACAACAUAAUGCCGGCGAAUAAUUUUCAGAGUCGAAUAGUCCAUCGCUGUCAACGCUUGAAGAUAGCCGGUUAUAUAAUAAACACCCUUGAUGGAAAACGAGCUUUUGGGGUGAUGGAAGGUCAGCGGGAGAAUAUAAACAAAAUCAAGGACUGGAUAUUGAGGUGCUGCAUUCCGGAACCCUUCCAUCGUCGUAUCAUCUUCUCCGCCUACGAAUUUAGCUACAAUCCGAGCAGCGAACCCUUUCAUCAAAGAGAAAAUGCUCCCAAGGGCGCCAAGUUCUUGGGUGAUCUGGACGAGAGUUGCUUUGACGAGUUCGAGUUCGUAGAGGUGCCCCUUAAAGGAGACGAUGACCCAAAUGAAUCACUUGGAGAGUAUGCCGAUUUCUAUACCAAAAAUAACAGUAACUUUGGCAGUGCUGAGACCACCUCUGAAACCAUAACGCCAAUCCAAAGUUAUGAUGAAACCACAACGUCCGGCGAUGAUGUCGUUUAUACCGCCACUAAGCCCACAUUGCCCGCCGAUGAUUCCAGCUAGAAAUUUCUCGCAGUGUAGAGGCGACUCGUGCUGGCCAUUGUUCAACACUAUUUGCGCUACUCAAUCUCUUAAUUAAAUAUGCGACUAACUGGCAGCUCGGAGGCACUCGAAGAGUGGCCCAGACAUCGUCGUUUAGUGUCGAAAUUGUGCAAGUUUUGAUUUUCCUUUUGUUGUUAUGGAAGUCGCUGGUUCUCUUGUUUUUUUUCGUCUUGUAUCUUGCUGCUGGAUAAUCACAGGCCCGGCGAACAGACGGCAGAAAUUAAAUCAGCCAAGGUUAUCGCAUUAAUAAGCCCCCUGGUUUGGGUUUUACAGUUUUCUGAGCUAGUCAAUUAUUAAAUUUGCAAUUUCCGUAGCUGAACUUUUGGGGUCAGUAGACUGAUUUAAAUCAAAACCGUAAUUGAGCAUUGCCCGCGAGCAAGAACCAAUCGCACCAAAGCCAAAUACCAACCUCCGGGCAGAAAAAUUGACAAAUGUUUGAUCGCAACUUCUUUGAUUUCGGUUUCACAUAUAUAUUUUUUUUUUGUUAACGGAUGUGGGGAGGCUGUGGCUGUGAAUCCAAUUCAGAAUAAUCGGAAAAAUAAAAACGAAAAGAAAACUCCCAGCUAAGUGGCUUUCCAUGACAUUUUACUGACACUAUGGCCGUUGAACUGGAAGACCUGUUUUCCCUCUUAGCGCAACUUAACACAUUUGACGAAGAUGUCUAUGCCAGCAAAUGACGUGUCAUCAAUGGAGCCCGCACUCCCACAUAGAGAUGCACAGCGUCCUCAACUCGAUCUCAAAUCUCGAAUCUCGCAUCUCGAACCCCAGCCACAAAUCCCCGGCACUUGAGUCGAGAGAUCUGUUGGGACUGUUGUAUUAAUAAGCCUGAC